AUGACUCUUACAGGACGCAAAGUUCUAGCGGUUAUUACCGGUGCAAGUCGCGGUAUUGGUCGUGAAACUGUGUUGCAGUUAUCGAAAAUUGUUGCCAAAGAUUCCGCAUUUUUAAUUACUGCAAGAACAGCUACAAAACUUGAAGAAUUGAAAGAUGAAAUUAAGUCCAGUGCGAAGGAAAUCCUUGUUCACGUCUUGGCUUGCGAUGCAGAAAAAUUGAAUUCGGGCAAAAUUCUAGAAUUGCAAGGAGCAUUAUCGUCUCUGAUAGCAAAUUCAAGAACAUACGAUGUAUUGCUGUUGGUGCAUAAUGCAGGAACAGUUGGAGAUGUCACCAAACGAGGUGUAGAAAUUAGCAAUUCGGAUGAUUGGCAUAACUAUUUGCAAAUUAACUUUGUUUCAAUGGUACUUAUUAACAACUCAGUAUUGAGUACUAUUCCUGAACAGGUGGCUCCGAUCCGUUAUAUUUUAAAUGUAACAUCGCUACUAGCUAUAAAAGCAUUCCCUUCUAUGGCUCAGUACUCUGUUGGAAAAGCUGCUCGUGAAGCAUUCUUUCGAGCUUUAGCAGUUGAGGAGAGUAAUUUACGAGUGUUGAAUUAUUCACCCGGUCCAGUGCAAACUGAUAUGCAUAAUGAAAUUGCUAAAAAAUCAUAUGAUGAAGGCAUAAGGAAAUCAUUUCAAGCUCAAACUGGUAGCAGUGAGGUGAAUAGACAAACGCUUUCACCAAAAGAAACAACUCAAAAAAUGUUGUCAAUAUUGGAGGAAGGAAAGUUCGAAAAUGGCUCACGAUAUGACUUCUUUGAUUCGUGA